AUGGAGCAAUCUCAACAUUCUAAGCCUCUUGUGCCUUGGGAGCAGAUAUCUUCCCUAUCCGACGAAGCACUCUGCGCAGUCUUUGAGAGCUCAACCCGCAGAUUUCCCUCCCCUUCUGCCCUGAACGGGGUGGAAGUGCGCCGAAUCGCGACUGACGCUGUGAUGAGGGUCGGUAAUUUGUACGACUCGGAAAUCCUGGCCAUGGGUCUCGUGCGCGAGAACUCCACCAUCCCCAUCCCGACCAUUCGACGUGUCUUCGACAUGCCAGUCUCGAGAGCAAUGGUGUUGGAGUACAUUCCAGGGAAGACCCUUGCGGAAUGUUGGCCCGACCUCGGUCUCUGGCAGCGAUUGCGUAUCAUCUGGACGCUUCGCGGCUACAUUAGACAGUUGAGGCGUAUCCGACCCCGAAACACGCUGCGUAGGACCGCGUUUCCUGGACCCUUUGCGAACGAGCCUCAAAUGUGUUAUGGCCCGAUGUUCACGGAAUACGGCGCGGGUCCAUUCGCAUCCUACGACGAGCUUACCGACUGGUUCAUGCACAAGCUCGAGGUCAAUCGCCGCAUCAGGAACUACCCCCCUGCCGACGACCCGAUGACCUUCGACGCGUCAGUGCCGCUUGUGCUCACGCAUCUCGACAUCCACCCGAGGAACGUUCUCCUCGGUGACGACGGCCGCGUUUGGCUCAUCGACUGGGAGCUCGCCGGAUACUACCCUCAAUGGUUCGAGUAUAUCGCCAUGUGUGGGGCAUGGGACAUCUUCGGUCGUUGGCAAAUGUGGGCCCUAGGGUUCAUAGCCGGUUUCUAUGAACGACAGCGGCGGUUCAUGGCGAGCAUCGGCUGGGCUCUGACCACUGGUAUACUGUUGUAA